AUGACCGACGAGCGAAGCGCUUGGGGUAGCCCCCCGCGCGGUGGCAUCGCACAUUCGCAGUAUGGACAACACAUAGAGCAAGAUCUUUGGUCAGGCGAUCCACACGGUCCUGGUGCAUCAGAUCUGACAUUCGAAUACCCCGAACAGGCACUGCUGCAGCGUUCACUGCGCCUUGUGCCUGUACACCAAGAUGCCGGAACGCAGAGCCAGUCGUACCCUGGAGUGCACAGCAUGAUGGGAAUGCCGAUGGACGUGACCAACUUCUGGUGGCAUGAGUCCAUGGCCGCUGUCAAGAAGGAGGAGUCGAACGAGGAGUUGCAACUGCACCAGCAGCAGCAGCUGCAGCAACUGCAGCAACUGCACCAGCAGCAUAGUGUUGGAAGCUACACGGAUGCUCGCGAAGAGUACGAGCGGGAUCAACGUCCACCCAGCUCGAGAGACUCGCUGUCCACGUCCAUGCCCUCUCGACCACAUGCUGCGGUCGAGAAACGGUACCGGCGUACAGUCAACACCAAGCUGCAGCAGCUGCACGCAGCAAUUCCAGCCUCAGGCACAUUUUCUCUCGAUCCGGCGGAGAGGGCUCGGUCCAGUCUGGACGGCAGUGAGCCCGAACAAGCAGCCAAACCUGUUGUUCUGGACAAAGCGAUACAAUAUACCACGCAUCUAAUCGAGACAUAUCGCAAAUACGAUGACGACAUUGAGGUUCUUCGUCAGCAGGUUCGCGAGUGGCUCGGGGACGACAGAGCCUCUGCCUCUCUGAUGACCGAAAAUACGAAGAGGGUUGGGUGA